UUGACUGGGGAGAAGGGCGUUGGCGCUUCUCUCUGGGCCUGGUGCAGGGUAGGGGCCACCAGGCAGCGGGCGGCCUGGGGAAGGGGGCCAGAGGCAGUGGGCCUGGGAAUGGAGGCGCUUGUCUUGUGGGCAGGAAGUGUGAGGUGGCGAGCAGCUCGGGAGCCCUGGGGAGGCCGCUGGGUGGGAGGGCUGAGCGUGUGGUGGUGAGGGGAGCGGAAGUCGGAAGCACCGGCAGCCACAUUCUCUAUUCACUGGUGGACGGCCCUUGUAUCGGAAAGGCCUGCUUGCCCUCUCCCAGGGCCUUUGGAGGGUAGGCGUGUGGAUCCCCCCAUCCUGCUGCCCCCCCAUCUGCCGCCAGCGCUGCCCCGGACCCACACCAUGGGACUGUGAAGGCAGACACUUCUGGGGGCGCCAGAGCAGCUUGCACACUGGAUGAUGGGAGACGACAGACUCUCGGAACACCCCAAGCCCAUGGAAUUUCUCAACCUCUAUUUGGGAGACAACCUGCAGUCUGGCCCAGGGGCGCACCUGAGGGACACGUGCAGCCUUCCCGACCCUCCCGAACCUCAUGGAGAACAGACCUGGGCCUUGGAGCCUCCCGAUUCUACGAGGCCAGAUGCUCCCCCUGGGGGCUCCAGCAUGGAGCCCCUGCACUUGGGGAGUAGUUCCUCCCAGGAGGAGCCCAGGCACAAAGCAGUGCCCCCUGGGUCACCAGGGAACAGCCAUCCCCUGGGGAGCCCGAGGCAGAGCCAGAGCACGUCCACGCAGGUGGUGUUCUGGGCAGGCAUCCUGCAGGCCCAGAUGUGUGUCCUGGACCUGGAAGAGGAGCUGGAGAAGACAGAGGGGCUCAGGGCUGAGCUGAGGUGCUGCCUCCCCGCUGCCCCUGUGGAGCUCCCCGCUUUCCCCUCCAGCCCCACAGGCCCCCAGGGCUCAGGCCUCCUCCCCAGCUCACCGGUGGAUGACUCACCAGUGGAUGAGGCCCCAGGAGGAGACAGCAGUGGCACUGAGGGGGAGAACCAGCACUCCCUGUGGCCCAGGGAGGGAAGGACAGACUCCUCCCCGGAGUGGGGUGCUGAGGAGGAAAGCCUGUUCUUUGACAAUCCCCUCUUUUUGGAGAGCCCUUGCUCAGACAGUCCUUCUGGAGCUCGCUUGUCCUGGGGGCUCUCAGACUCCUGCAUGGAUGUGGGACCCAAGCCCGAGUGUCCCCACAUCCUAGAGCCUCCUCUCCCAGGAGGGGGAGUCCUAUGGGAAUUGGACAGCGAGCUGGAUUUGGGGGCUGGCACAGCUGAUUCUAGCGGGCACACCACACCUCCAUUCCCUGUACCCACCUACAAGCCUCACUCUUUCUCGUGGUCUGUAAUGAAUGAGGCCACCAAGGGGAGCCCUGAAGCACCUCCUGACUGUGGGGAGACUGAGACUUCUCUGGGGGACAGUCUUGGCCCCACCCCAUCUGCGGCAUCCGGUGUGGACAAAGUAUUGACCUUGGAAACAGGACAAGUUGGAUCUGACCCCAGCUCUGCCAGGCAUCCUGUGCAACCUUGGGCCCUGCCCAGCCCAGAAGGCUGGCAGAUGGAAGAGGGUCCUUCCUGGCCUGGGGUGCCUCUGAUUUCCCAGGACCAAGGUGACAGUGAUGCUGAGUGUCCCCAGGAGUCUGCUCUGCGCACCUUGGCUCCUGGCCCCUGGGGGAGCCCAGCCUCAUCGCAGGAGCCCAGCAGCCCCGAGUCUGAGAGCAGAGGCCCUGGCCCCAGGCCCAGCCCUGUGUCCUCAUGGGAAGGCAGCCCAUCGCCCCAGGGCCCCAACUGGUGCAGCAGUCUUCCUGAGCGGACGCUAGAAGCUUCAUGCCCUUCACUCUUGGAGACAGAUGGGGCAGAACCAAGCUUUCAGGAGAAAGAGGAGGCAGGAGAGCCCCCACAGCCAGGGGAGGAAGUGAAGAGUGAAGGCCCAGCCGGGACUGCUGAGGCUGGUGCCGUCCAGCCUGGCGUGUGCUUGACCUCUGCGGCAGGGCUUCCUGAGAGCCUCAUGCCCCAGGCGCAGUGCCCGGAGGAAGGCCAGAGGCCACAGACUGGAGACAAGCUGGCUAAUGGUGUCAGCAGCGACAAGGUGGCCUGGAACUUGGCCUCUCGCCUCUAUCACCUGGAAGGCUUCCGGAAGUCUGAAGUGGCCUCCUACCUGCAGAAGAACAAUGACUUCAGUAGGGCUGUGGCUGAGGAGUACUUGUCCUUCUUCCAGUUUGGAAGCCAGAGCCUGGACCGAGCCCUCCGGGGCUUCCUCCAGGCCCUGGUGCUCAGCGGGGAGACUCAGGAGCGGGAGCGAAUCCUCUACCAGUUCUCCAAACGCUUCCAUUACUGCAAUCCGGGGGCCUUCUCCUCUGCAGAUUCCGUUCACACCUUGACCUGUGCCAUCAUGCUCCUCAACACGGACCUGCACGGACAGAACAUUGGGAAGAGCAUGAGCUGCCAGGAAUUUAUCACCAACCUGAACGGCCUGCAAGAUGGCGGGAACUUCCCGAAGGAGCUGCUGAAGGCCCUCUACUGGUCUAUCCGAAGUGAGAAGCUUGAAUGGGCUAUGGAUGAAGAAGAUGCAGGCCGACCAGAGAAGGCCCAGGUGUCUCCCCCUACUGGCAAGCUGAGCAACCCUUUCCUGCAGCUGGCCCAGAACCCCACGGCGCCCACCUACAAGCAGGGCAUCCUGGCCCGGAAGAUGCAUCACGAUGCGGACGGCAAGAAGACGCCGUGGGGCAAGCGCGGCUGGAAGAUGUUCCACACGUUGCUUCGAGGGAUGGUCCUUUACUUCCUGAAGGGAGAGGACCACUGCCCCCCUGCAGGGGAGAGUUUGGUGGGGCAGAUGGUGGACGAGCCCGUGGGGGUGCACCACUCGCUGGCCACACCGGCCACCCAUUACACCAAGAAGCCGCAUGUCUUCCAGCUGCGGACUGCCGACUGGCGCCUCUACCUCUUCCAGGCUCCCACCGCGAAGGAGAUGAGUUCCUGGAUCGCGCGCAUCAACCUGGCCGCGGCCACGCACUCGGCGCCGCCCUUCCCCGCCGCGGUGGGCUCCCAGCGCCGAUUCGUCCGGCCCAUCCUGCCUAUAGGUCCCGCCCAAAGCUCCCUGGAGGAGCAGCAUCGAUCCCACGAGAACUGUCUGGACGCCGCCUCCGACGACCUGCUGGAUCUGCAGAGGAACUUACCGGAGCGGCGGGGCCGCAGCCGCGAGCUGGAGGAGUACCGCUUGAGGAAGGAGUACCUGGAGUAUGAGAAAACCCGCUAUGAGACCUACGUGCAGCUGCUGGUGGCCCGUCUGCACUGCCCCUCGGAUGACCUGGACCUGUGGGAAGAGCAGCUGGGGAGGGAAGCCGGAGGCACUCAGGAGCCCAAGCCCAGCCUGAAGAAGUCCCACUCCAGCCCAUCCCUGCACCAGGAGGAGGCCCCCACCACGGCCAAGGUGAAACGCAACAUCUCAGAGCGCAGAACUUACCGGAAGAUCAUACCCAAGAGGAACCGCAAUCAGCUCUGAAGCUGGGACGGCCUCACGGACUCAGGCCCCGAGUUCUGGGGUGUAGAAGUGGGGGAAGGGACCUGAGAUGAGACCCCAUGGAGGAGACUUGCUUCAGUGGGUCCACACUGGGGAGGAGGCCCUCCCUUUCCUGCUGAAGGACAGCCCCUGCUCCUCUGCAGUCCUCACUGCCCCCUUUGCUGGAGCUUUCCCGCUACUGCUGUGCCCACCCCCACGGCAACCCCCAGCUGCCCUCGUCCCUGCUCACUCCCAAGGGAGGACAGAGGUCAAGGGGUGGGCUGCGCUCCCAUGUCACCCUUCUCUGUUCCACAGUCUAAAGUGGCCACAUUGCUUGGGCCUGGGGGCAGCUCAGCACUCAAUUGAGAAUCCAAGAACCCGCGGGCCCUGAGCUUCCAGAAGGGAGGCUGGGGUAGCAGAAGCCUCUGGGCAAUCAAGCCAGGGGAGCCACAGCCCUGAGGACAGUCUUGCUCUGGGAGUCAGGUGGCCUGGGGUGAGAGGUCCUGGGAGACCCCAGGCAGCCUCAGGUGACUGAGAGAGCAGGGUGGCUCGGCCCUGCCCCCUGAGAGGUAGGGCUCCUGGGGCUUCGAGGACAAACUCAGUGAUGCUGACUCUGGGCCCCCAGGCCUUUGUAUGCUUUCCCCCACAAUCACCCGUGCACCUGGGGCAGAUGGGAGAGGCCACACCCCACACACCCAAUUGCUAAUCAUCAGAGCAGAACCAAUGGUGGUCAGUGAAGGCCAGAGGGCAUGGGGCCUCCAGAGCUCUGUGGAGAGCCCUGGGAACAAGGGGCCUUUGUUUCCUCAGAGCAGGGAAGGAGGUCCCUCAGGUUCAGACCUGGGAGAGGCUGAGGGGCAAGAGGCCAUGAUAUAUCCCCUGGGGGCCGUCUUGGAAGGAGCUGGUCUGGGAGCUGUGAGGGCCUGGUGGAAGCCUGGCUGCCUCCCACGCAGCCCAUCCCAUGAAGUUGCAUUCCCAAGGAGGGGCACCAGGGACCCUUCCAGAAUCCCUCACCCCCCUGCCAGCUCUCAGGGGGCUUUGCUGCCCUUCCUGGGAAGUCCCCCUGUGCUGCCCUCUGGCUGCCUCCCAGCUGGGCUCUGGGGGAGGUUCCGGACACUGAUGGACCUCGGGCUCUGCCUGUGGGAAGGAGGCUGGGAUGGAGAAGCAGCCACCAUUGUCUCUGUUCAGCCAAGUGUGCGAGCAGGCUGCCUGCCAAGAGGGGCCUCUGCUGCCCGGCUGCCGCCUGCUGGCUGACGCACGGCCUCUCCAGCCUUCCUGCCGGGGCCCCUCUCCUCCCAUCCAUGCUAGAAACCAGCCCUGGGGCCUGGAAGGCCACCAAGCGGGGCUGGCCCUUCGGAGACCACAGGGGUUGUCUGGCCAGGGCUCAGCUCAGGGCAGGGCCGGGUACUCAGUCGGUGUACAGUAACUGCAGGCCAGUGAAGAAGGAGGUGUGCGUGUGUGUGCGAAAAACCAAGGGUCGGGGGGAUUGGCGCAGCUGGGACCCCCUGCAGGAUCCCAGGCUGGGUCUCCCUUUGCCCGGGCACCUGUGCGCGUCUGAAUGUGUGUGUCCGUGUGCGGGUGUGGAACACUGUGUGCAGGCUGUCAGAGCCUCGGGACCUCGGAAUCAUUUGUUCACCCACUCACUCAUUCAUUCACUCAUUCAUUUCACAACUGAUAUUGACCACUUUUUAUGGAACCUGCCUCUGGCCUCCAGGAGGUAACAGCCUGUCCUCGGGUUCCUUGCUGUUAGGGCAGAGGCACACUUCGUCUUGCUGGAGAGGCAUGCGGAAGACACAUUCCCACUCUGCUCAGGGAUUCGGAUUCAGUAGGUUGGGGUCAGAGGCACGGAUAAAUAUUUUUAAAGCAGCUUGGGUCACUGAUGUGCAGCUAAUAGGUGAAAACCUAGUAUCAGAUCGAGGUGACUUGCCCCAGGACCGAUACAAGCUUGGCCUUGAGUGGGUUAUUUGACCUCACUGAACGUGUAUCCUUCUUUCUAAAACCAGAAUAAAAGGCAGAGGUUUGUCUGCAUUUUUGCAUGUA